CUUGGAGGCGUUGACAACGUAGUACAGCAACAGCCAGGGAGGAAAAUAGCAAUGAGUAGAACGCGAGACGCCGACCGCGCCGUAUGUCACCCCACCAGCACCCCUUCGGAAGUGUCAAAAUAAAGGCCUCUUAGCCCGAGAGUGGCCUUGAGCGACUUCACACCUGCAUGAAGUCACAAGCAGUCAGUAAAGCGGAGGGGCAGGCCGAGGGUGAGGCGAGUUGUGAGUGAUGGAAGCGGGUCCGGGCUCAGGCCAAGGAGAAGUUAGGCUGUGUUUUGUACCUUCCUGUCAUAGAGGAUUUUGUAAAUUAUCUCAUCCGAAAUGGCUGCUGCCCAUUGUCUCUGCUGCUCGGAAUUUCUUCAGGUGGUUCUAUCUCCUGCCUUUUAUUUAUUCAAGAAAUGGCGCCUAAAAUAUUGAAAUCCCCUUAAGAUACUAAAAGAAAAAUGGGAAAAAAUACGGAGUACUUGUUAUGUGCCACUGUGAGGAUGGUUAGAUAGAUAUUUAAAUGAGCAAGAUGGAGCCUGUGGUUUCACUGAGCUUGUAGUCUGUCGAAGGAUGCACAGCAGCAAAGGCAAUUCUGAUAUAAUCAGAUGCCAUGCUAUGAGUGGAGUAAUUCAAGGUGCUGUGGGAGAACUGUGGGGUCGUGCUGGACAUGGCUCCUCCAAUCCCCCAGAAGGGAAGGCUGGCCCGAGGGCCCCUGGCCAGAAGGAAUGUGCAUUCCUUUAGAAAUAGAUUGUAAUUCCCUCCUUACCUCUUUUUGGGAGUGGCCUCUUGUCCUGCUGACUGCUUUUCGACCUUUUCUCUUUGCACAUACACAGUGAGGUAAUGCAGUUUAGAGUCAUGUGCAAGACAUGUGUCCCCUUGUCCCCUUUGUCUGGGACUCAGGGAGGUGUGGUCCUGCUGCACAGACCUGCCACCAUUGGUGCUCCCUGUAAUGUGAGUAAUAAAGGCUAUGUCUGGUCCAUCCAGUCGUCCUUGUGGUUUUUUCGGCUUAUCUGAAGGAGCAGGUGCCCCCAGGUCGACCUUCUGCAUUAUAGGCACACAGAAGGGAAAUCUUGCCAUUUUGGGAGGUGGGGGGUGGAGAAGUGAAAAAUUUCCUGGAGUUGAAACUUGAGUUGAAAGCUGAGGGGGAAAAGUACACCAAAGGAUCAAGAGGAGUGAAGAGGCAAAAGGAACAACAUAUGCCAAAGCAUGAUGGAGAAAACGAACUGCUGUUUGGCUGAAAUGUACUUGGAGGGGAGCGUGGGUAACAUGUGAGACUGAAAAAUAAAGCAAGGGUUGGGUCAUCAAGAGCAUUAUAACCAUUGUAACAGCCUGAAUCUUACUCUGAAACAGUGGCCAGAUCCUAAAACAUUUUAAAUCUGUAGGAAAAGGACACACUUAGAUUUUCAUUUUUGAAAGUCCUGCUUUUUUUGUGGAGAAGGACUUGAGAAGAACUAGGCUGAUGGCAGGGAGAUCCGAUAGCAUCCAGGGCUGAUAGUGGUCUGAAUUGGAACUUGGCAGUGGAAUGGAGGCUAGUGGGCUGAUUCAAAAAUGAACAAGACCUAGUGAUUGGAUGGGUAUAAAAGGUUGAAAGAGAAAUCAGUAUCCAAGAUAAGCCCCAGGUCCCAGGAGUAGACAACAGAGUGGUUGGUGGUAUCCAUCCUAUAGCCCCAGAACAGUAUCGCCUUGGCCUGCAGUCUGAAUACUAAGCCUGUUGGACUUUGGGACCAGCUACUCUUCAGUCAUCAUGCUGUUUGUUGACAUCAGUGCAUGCAUCUAUCUUCACAAAGGCAGAUGGUAUGAGGACAGUUACCUUUAAACCUACAGUAUUGGCUUUGUCCCUACCUGUGGAAAGGUGGGUGAGUGGUGACUCCCAAAUCAUGGCCACCUGGUCAUGGUGAUUUGGGUGAUGUACAUUUCUUUUUUUGCUCGGAGAAUUGAGAGGACCAGAUUUGGCAACAUCUCUCUUUUAAGAACAUGGACUGGAAGUGGAAGGCUUUCUGUCACUUUCCUAUAGAAUCUGCAAACAACAAAAGUUACUCGGCCUCAGAUUACUCUUCUUUGGGGAAGAGACAGUUCCUCACCUGUUUCCUUACAAACCCACACUAUGGCAGCCUCAUUAAUGCAGAUGGCCAUGCUGAAGUGUGGACAGAUUGGAAUGAUAUGUCCAAGUUUUUCCAGUAUGGAUGGAGAUGCACCACUAAUGAGAAUGCCUAUUCAAACCAUACCCUGAUGGGCAACUGGAACCAAGAAAGAUAUGACCUGAGGAAUAUCGUGCAGCCCAAACCUUUGCCUUCCCAGUUUGGACACUACUUUGAAACAACAUAUGAUACCAGCUACAAUAAAAAAAUGCCACUUUCAACCCAUAGAUUUAAGCGAGAGCCUCACUGGUUCCCAGGACAUCAACCUGAGCUGGAUCCUCCUCAAUACAAAUGCACAGAGAAGUCAACUUAUAUGAGUAGCUAUUCAAAACCUCAAAUUGGACAUCACUCUGCAUGUGUGUAUAGUCACAAUAAUUGCCCAUUUCAGGGUCUAGGAGUCUAAGAAAAAAUAAGAAGCUUCAUUUUCCACAGUAGAAUACAGGAGAGACCAUGUUCUAAGCACACCUAAGAAUUUAGCAGACUAUGGCAUAGUUUCACUCUCUGAAUAAAUAAAGCACAAAAAAUGUUCUCUACCCUCUUUUAGCCAAGAUUUGAACGUCAAAUUUAAGUUGAUUACAUCUAUUAUUUAUACCUUAGGGGUGCUGUAGAAGGGCAAUAAAAAUAUUAUUUCUCUCAAAUCUACAACCAGUUUGUUCUUCCCUGUCUUCCAUCAGGAGCAAAAUUCAGUAAAACUUAGGUUACAUUUGGCUAGAUGUUCUCUGGGUAUGAGUCUGGUAGACAUGGUCACAUAAUUUAACUUUAAUGUGAUCUUAAUGAACAUUCCUCUUAAGGACUAGAGAAAGAAAAGUAAGUUUUUAUUAUGAAGAAUUUAAAACAUAAAAAGUAGAAUGUUAUAAUGAUUUUCCAUCUUUAAGAAUUUAUGACCAAUUUUACUACCCCUACUUUUUCUGUUUUUUUUUUUUUAAUUAAUUUUGGAGCAAAUCUCAGAAAUUAUAUGAUUUUAUCUAUAAAUAUUUCCAUUUAUAUUUCAAAAAUAUAUAGUUGUCUAUUUUUUACUCCCCAUAAACAUUACCACAGGAACCUGUUGAUCAAACGAAGGUGAGUUAUUAAACCUAUAGCAAGGAAGUACAUCAACUUGACGGUCUUAGUAAUGAUUGGAAAU